AUGGCCGCUGAAAACACCACCCCAUCCCUCACGGCAACAUACUCCUCGCCCACCAACGAGGCCUUCACCACAUCCACUCCCCUCCCCGCAUCAGCAUCAACCACCGCCGAAAAGACUGCAUUCCUCACUGCCCUCCGCGAAGCCGUUACCAAGACCCAAGCCGAGAUUAACAAGGAACUCACGGCACGCAUGGAAGAAGACAACGCGCGCAACAACACCUCCUCCGCGGCAGACGAUGCUAAGGACGAAGAAAACUACGGCGAGGAGGUCGUCGAGGAAGAAGAAUGA